AUGUACAUAGGAGGUGGUGGAGCUUCAAAGAGGAAUUCUUUCAAGGAUUCUCUCAAAGUUCUUGAAGCAGAUAUUCAGCACGCGAAUACUCUGGCAUCGGAUUUUCCAAGGGAGUAUGAUGGUGCAUGCCUACAGAUGAGAAUCUCAUACAGUCCAGCAGCUCAUUUUUUCCUUUUUCUAGUACAAUGGACUGACUGCCACCUUGCUGGAGCUCUUGGACUUUUGCGAGUCCUAAUAUACAAGGUUUAUGUUGAUGGCACCACAACUAUGUCCAUGCAUGAGAGAAAAGCAAGCAUUAGAGAAUUCUAUGCUGUUAUUUAUCCCUCUUUAAUGCAACUUCAAAGAGGGGUCACGGAUUCAGAAGAUAAGAAACAGAAAGCUGCGUGCCUUGAGAGAUACAGAAGAAGAGACGAAGAAGAAUACAGGCAAUGCACAGAAUUAGAUAUCGAAAGGGAAGAAGAAUGUGGGAUUUGCAUGGAGACGAACAGUAAGAUUGUCCUGCCAAACUGUAAUCAUGCCAUGUGCCUGAAAUGCUAUCGAGAAUGGCGUACGAGAUCACAAUCGUGUCCGUUUUGCCGGGAUAGCUUAAAGAGGGUGAACUCUGGUGACUUAUGGGUAUUUAUGGACGGCAAAGAUGUGAUAGAUAUGGCGACUAUCACGAUGGAAAAUCUGAGGCGGCUGUUCAUGUAUAUAGAAAAAUUGCCCCUUGUUGUUCCCGAUACCCUUUUUGAUACUUAUGAUACCCAUCUGAGGUAA